AUGGCGGCCUCUGAGAAAUCAGAGUUCCCCAAGUUCAUCGACGGUGACGUCCUUGUCAUCAUCUCGACAACCCAAAUGUACCGCCUGCACCAUCAGAUUCUGGAAAGUCAUUCGACAUAUUUCAAGAACGCGAUUGCCAAACAACCCGGAGCGUGUCUGAACGCACAGGCUCGCCGUGAUAAUGCACCAGCCUAUCGCUUCGAGUGGCUCCCCGGGACCACGAGUGGCACGGUUGGCCGUUUUGUCCGUAUCGACAUUAGCGAUUCAGGUCGUGCGCAGAAUGCCCUCCCGCAGCUUCCUCCUGACUUGGUCAAUGGCAAGGUUGACAACAAUGACAACAAAGCCUGGGAUUGGCUUUUCGGUCUCUUCUAUAACCGCCCGCCUGCUUUCGACGACUCAAAUCUCGCCUCUGUCCUCUCCGGUGUCAUUUCCCUAAUUGAUCGUGCUGAAUGCAUCGACUCCCUCAAGAUUGUCUGCGACGCCGUCGACCUCGCACUCCUCCGCCAAGACACCGUCUUGUGGACCUCCAUUCUGGGCAACCCUCCCGUCUGGGUCGAACUUGGCUGCCGUGUCCGUUCUCCUUCCAUCUUUUGUGAGGCUGCUUGCCACCUUGUGGGACAAUGGGCCAACAUGAACGACGACGAGAAGGGACACAUCCGUAAAGACAUCCGUAAAGUCCUCGAACGCAAAGCCACCGAGCUCUCCAUUCAGAAGGAGGCAAUCGAGCUUCGCAUCCUCAGCCACUAUCCAGGCUUCUUACACCGCACCGCCGCCGACAAGCCCGGUCGCCCAUCCUAUUCCAACGACAUCUACAUGUGGAUGUCCAUCUCGUUCUUCCGCCAAUGGUUCGCACAAUGUAUUUCUGACGACCGCACUCGCCGUGCCCCGGACGGUGGCCUCAACUUCUACUGCGCACUCGCCGAGGGUGGCCAGUCAUACCUCACGCACUUGGACUUCCAAGAGUUCCACCGCUACUUCCCCAUGAGCAUCAAAGCAUGCCACGUCCUCGAAGCCAACAUGGGUGUUCUCAAGGAAAAUAUCAAGCCCUUCGUUGCUCCGCUCGUGGUCCAGCGUACUCAUCUCAAGAGAGAUGAGUUCGAUAUUGAUUGGUUGACUUGUACCGAGAUCAACAAGGAGGAUUUCCCGUGGUAUAACCCCGACGAGUCGAAGCCUAACCAGCUCGAUGAGUUGUAUGAUACUCUAGGGCGAGAGAAUGUCGUUCGAGCCAAAGCAACCGCCGCCAAGAAGCGAAACAAGGAGCACCCCAUUGACUUUGGCAAUGACGAUGAGGAGGGUGAGGAUAAUGUUGAUUUUGAUGCGGGUGUCCGGAACAAUGCCAAUGCCAAUGCCAAUAUCAGAAAAAAGACAACCACCAAGCGCACUACUGCUGCCACUGCCACCGCCGCCGAAGCCGCCGAAGCCGAAGAUCCAACCCUCGAUCCUCGACUUCUUCGGUUUGCUCGGAAGCGAACUCGAGCAGAAGUCGAUCGCGACGACGGUAAUCCAGACUAUGGCAACGGUACUGAUCAACAACGUGCCAUGGAUGUGCCUGUCGACGAGGAUGCCGAGGGCGACCAGGAAAUGACAGAUGGCGUCGAAAGCGACAUCGACGUCAGUGGCCUCAUCUGA